AUAUUUAAAAAAUGCAUCACUGCCUUCAAUUAAAUCCACAUCAAGCAUAUCUCGCUAUCCAUUUUGUUUUUGUGCUGCUGCGCUACAACAAUGGCCGACAUUAUAUUUUUAUUGUUAUUAAUUUCAAUAUUUCCAUUACAAAACACCAAAGCUGCUGCCGAAAUAAGUGGGCGACUAUUGGAUGAAGCUCAAGAAAAUUUGGAUCUGGAAAUGUCGCAUAUGAAUGAGAAGGAACACUCACCUGUUCCUCGCAAUUCCAUACAAUCACAUCCGAGAUACAAAUGCUAUUCAUGCGAGCCGCCCUGCAAAAAUGCUACACAACAUGCGCAUUUGUGCCAGAAUGCUAUUCAGUGCUGGAAAUCGCGAACUCGCAAUGCCUUUGGUGAAGAGAAAGCAUCACGAGGUUGCAUCACUUCUCCUGAUCAACUGCCAUUAAUAUGCAACCAGAAUACACUGGGUCCACGAAAACGCGCUGCAAUGCACGUCAACAUUGUCUGUUGUUCCAAAGAUUACUGUAAUGAUGGAGAUUUUCCUGAAUUGCCGCCCAUUGUUAAUGAUGAAGUGACGCGUUUAAGUGCUGAUUUAAGCAAUACUUUUAAAAUGACCUUAGCGAUAUUAGGACCAGUUUUCGUUAUUGGAUUGUUGGCAGCAGUAGUUUACUAUUUUAUGACAAGACAUCAUCGCAAAAGUAUAAUGGCAUCACGUAUAAAAAAUGAUCCAGAUGUAUAUUUGGUUAACGACGAAUUACUUCGAGCAACAAGUGCCGGAGACAGUACGUUACGUGAAUAUCUGCAACAUCCCAUGACUUCAGGUUCCGGAAGUGGUUUACCAUUAUUAGUUCAACGUACUCUUGCCAAGCAGGUUACUUUAGUAGAAUGCAUUGGACGUGGAAAGUAUGGUGAGGUGUGGCGCGGGCAGUGGCAUGGAGAAAAUAUUGCUGUAAAAAUAUUCCUAACUCGCGAUGAGAAAUCGUGGAAGCGAGAGACAGAAAUAUACAGUACAAUUUUACUACGUCAUGAAAAUAUUUUGGGUUACAUAGGCUCCGACAUGACUUCACGCAACUUUUGUACACAGUUAUGGUUGCUUACGCAUUAUUAUCCAAACGGUUCUCUCUUCGAUCAUCUAAAUCGGAAUGCUCUCAGCCACAAUGAUAUGGUAUUAAUCUGUUUAUCUAUUGCUAACGGAUUAGUACAUCUGCAUACAGAAAUUUUAGGAACCGAGGGUAAACCAGCGAUGGCACAUCGUGAUUUAAAGUCAAAGAAUAUACUUGUUAAAUCGGAUGGAACUUGCGUAAUAGCAGAUUUCGGAUUAGCUGUUACACACUCUCAUGUUACAGGAAAAUUAGAUUUAGGAAAUAAUCCUAAAGUCGGCACCAAACGUUACAUGUCACCUGAAGUUUUGGAAGAAAGUAUUAAUAUGCAAUGUUUUGAGGCAUUGCGACGCACUGAUAUUUAUGCACUUGGGUUAGUACUGUGGGAAGUAUGUCGCCGUACUAUUUCAGGAGGCAUUGCAGAAGAAUACAAAGUGCCUUUUUAUGAUGUUGUCCCAUCGGACCCCAGUUUUGAGGAUAUGCGAAAAGUUGUAUGCGUGGAUAAUUAUAGACCGUCCUUUCCCAAUCGCUGGGCUUCUGAUCCGUUACUUGCUGGCAUGUCAAAGUUAAUGAAGGAAUGUUGGCAUCAAAAUCCAAAUGUACGAUUGCCUGCCUUGAGAAUACGAAAAACCAUACAUAAACUAGCUUCCGCUGACGAAAAAAUACGUCUUAAUUAUGAUGAAGUUUGUGUUUAGUUUCUGGAAAUUAAUAUUUAGUAUUCUAAUAAUUAGAUUUUAAAAUUAACAUUAGUAGUACUGAGUAAAAAACGGUAGAUGGUAUUAAGUAAUAUGUAAUUUUAGUUAUUUCCUUCAAACGUAUUUAAGUAUUACAACUAUACUUAAACAUUACACGUUUAUUUAAUUAUACUAUACUGUCUACUGUAAUUGAAUGAACGAACGAACAGGAGUGAUUGAUUGAAAUGUAUAUACGUGUGAAUUUAUGUAAACUACUAUGUAUGUAGUAUUAGAUAUAUUAGUAUUAAGUUUAGAUACCAAAUCAAACAAAGCAUAUAAGCAACUUCAUUUAAUGAUGCGUGCAAUUUAACAAUUGCAUACCAGUAUGCAAAUUAAAUGAAAGACACGCUUAAGACUAAUUACAUAUAUUUCGUUUAUAAUCUUUAUGUGCCUUGAAAUGCAUUGAUAUUUGAAGCCUGAUUUGCCUUAAGCUUCAACAGCUAUUUAUUUAGACAGCUACUUUAUUAGAUAUUAUUUUUUAUUAACUCUCCUCUAGUGCCAUUCUAAUGUAUUAUUCGUAAAACUAAUCUGAAG